CCGCGGACAGCUUUCAGGGUUGCCUUGGGCAUAGCAUAUCUUCAACGUGUUGUUUCGACCUUCAGUCCUAGAAUCUUGCGCCCGCUACCGUCGAGGCUUUUCGUAGUUUCCAGCUAUCAUGAAGAGAUAACCCAACCCGUGGCCUCUCAGCUCCGAAAGCGCAUCCAGUAUGGCUGUCUAUGUGUCCCAACUCGGGGCUAAGGGCCCAUUUGCCAACAGUGCUCCUCCCACAGUACCUGCACAAGCAGCGCCGGCUGGUACAUUUCUCCCGGGAACGAAAGUACAAGUGGGCGACCACCGGGUCGUUAUUGAUCGCUAUCUCUCCGAGGGUGGAUUUGCCCAUGUCUACGUGGUGCAGUUACCGCGGCCCAUCGAUGGCAACCAGAAGGCGGUACUGAAGAGAGUGGCUGUCCCGGAUAAGGAACACCUUGCAAACAUGAGAACGGAGGUCGAAACAAUGAAGAGGUUAAGGGGCCACAAACAUAUUGUGAAAUAUAUUGACUCGCAUGCAUCUCAGCUGAAGGGCGGAGGAUACGAGGUGUUCCUCCUCAUGGAGUUUUGCCAGGGUGGAGGACUUAUUGAUUUCAUGAAUACAAGACUACAAAACAGAUUGACCGAGCCCGAGAUAUUGAAAAUAUUCACCGAUGUGGCAGAGGGAGUGGCAUGCAUGCACUACCUGAAGCCACCGCUCAUGCAUCGAGAUCUCAAAGUCGAAAACGUCCUUAUAUCAACGACAGGAUCGUCAAGGAUAUACAAGUUAUGUGACUUUGGUUCUGCAGCUCCUGCUAGACCGGCUGCUUCGACGGCUGCCGAAGGGCGUUUGAUUGAGGAAGACAUAAAUCGACAUACAACCCUCCAAUAUCGAAGUCCAGAAAUGAUUGAUGUCUACAGGAAACAACCUAUCGACGAGAAGGCCGAUAUAUGGGCGUUGGGCGUGUUCUUAUACAAGCUUUGUUACUAUACGACUCCAUUUGAAGAGGCGGGACAAAUGGCCAUUUUAAAUGCUAGGUUCAAAUUUCCAGGAUACCCACGAUUUUCAGACCAGUUGAAAUUACUGAUUGCUUCAAUGCUUCGGGAGCGACCAUCUGAUCGCCCUAACAUAUAUCAAGUGCUCCAAAAAGCAUGCCAAUUGGAUGGCAGAGAUCUUCCUGUCCAGGAUAUUUAUGCCCGGCGGACACAGUCAGAGAAUCGGAAGGAUCAAGCACUCCCCAAAUCCUCUAGCUCUCAAUCCAGAGCCGGUGCGACGUUAUCGCCCCCGAGACAAGAAACUGCACCGAGCGUCCCUCAAAUCGAACCCAUGCGCCGAGGACGACCGACAAAGCCACUCUCUCACCAUGGAUCUGCUAAACCAAGCCCCUCGCCGUUGAGGAUGGUAGAUAGCACCGAUCCAUUUGCAGCGCUAGAUGGGAAAUCCUCUUCUGUGGAAGAUGAACUCUCCUCUCGCUUCCCAUCGUUGGACCAAUUCUCUCUGAUGACCGACAAGGGCAAGAACUUUCCGUUUGAGCCUCAAUCAGAGAAAAAGCAGGAAAACACGGACUCAGACUUGGCGCAGAGAGUCACAAUGGCCCUGGCAGAUGAUGCUUUUGCUCGUGCUCCCAGCCCGGUCAAAGCCAAUACUGCCAUGGAAAGACCUAAGACCACCAUCAAGUCACAAGCCGUGCUGCAACACAAGAAAUCUUUAGAAAGCAAGGAAAAUCAGCCUCGAGCCAACUUGCCCCCAGUCAAGGCCUCAGCGACUAGCAUGGUUUCCACUGGCACAAUGACUACCCCCUCUCCUCCGCCUACAGCCUCGAAAUCAUUUGCUGAGCGUCCGAUACAUCGAUUCCCACCCAACGAUCAUCCUCCCAGGACUUCCAGUCUCAACCAACCUUCGACCCAACCGAGUGUGUCUUCGCAAGCUAAGACAGGCUCAAGGCUCGCAAAUCUCCUCAAAGAAGAUGCCUAUCGGUCUCAGCUUGCCGAUGACUACGAGCCACGAUCUCCCACCUCGUCUCGUCCAUCCUUGGAAGGUGGCCGCCCUACACCACGGGAGCUCAGCUCAAGUGUGAGCCGCUCACGAUCCUUGAACUUUAGAAAUCGGCCAGCAAGUGUCAAUAUUGGGGCAAGGCCAACCCACAUCAAGGAUAAAGAGAUUAAUCGACUGGAUUAUGAGACAACAUUCACAAGCGCAGAACCAGAGAUGGCUCCCUUGACACACUCGGAAUCUGCAACAAAUAUUGCAUCGGAUGUUGAUUUUCUGAAAGCCAGGGAAGAAGAGGAGAAAGAGCGAAAGCAGCAUCAUAAACGGUUGUCAAGUGGCACCAGGCACAUCAAACGCUCCAGCCUGCCAUCGAUAGGCAUUGCUGGGACUACGAAGUUAUUGGCCGGGAAGUUUGGAGACGCUUUUAAAAUGUUCGAGAGUAACAACGACAGCCACCAUCAACGACAACGCAGCGACUCUCCUUCGCGCGACGCAAUCAACAUGCUCACCCCUAUCGCAGGGUCCGAGGCUACCGAUCUCAGUAAUGACAGGGAACCGUUUGAUGAGACAGAAGACCUGUCACCAGAGAUGAAACGCGAGCUAGAAAAGAGAAAGUUGGAGGCGGAAGAACGGAGGGUUGCCAAUGCAGCGGCCGAAUACAGACAACGUGUAGCAGCAAGAGGUGGCAAUACCCAACACGGUGGCACAGUCAAAGCCGCGUCGAUUCAGAACAGAGUGCAAUCACUGUUGACUGAACACGAGAGGCCUGCACAGAAGACCGCGACUGGAUAUGGUCGUUAUACCGAGUCUCCAACCCCGCUGCAAAACAGAAUAGAUGAAAAACAGCCAUCGGAGGCCUCAACUGUUGAGGUUCCCGCAAGGAUUGAGCGGCAUCCUCCCCACUCCAUGUCUGCACCUACUUCUACCAGCGACUUAACAAGAUCACAAAGGCCCACAGCUCCUCCUAAACCCAAAGUACUCCGGUCUACGGUGCCUGACGCGCUGCCAACCGCGAGUGAUGGUUCCAUUGCUGCGCAUGUGGACGAAGAUUGGGAGGCGAAUUUUAGCAAGAGAUACCCUAGCCUUUCUGGACUUGAAAUGGUGGAAACAUCCAUCACAGGGCCGAAGUCAUCGGUGGCGCUGAGGACGAAGGAAAUAUAACUGUUCUGAUCUUUGUUCUUUAGACGUAGAGUCCAUCUUCUGCAUUCUCUUGUUGAGAACGCCGAUGUAUGAGUACUAUCUUAGACGAGUAGUAAAGAUAAUCGCUGAAAGUGAAUGAUUGAUGG